UCUUGACUGUCUUGGCCGCUCCAUCCGACCGGCGAAUGUAAGAGAAUACAUAGAUAGAUAAAUCUUCUUUAGGUGAAUCCGCUGCUUCUAACCUAAAGCUCAAGGAGAGUCUCUUCUAUUUUCAGCAAAUCGGAAUUUCUCCUUUCCCUCCGCCACAAUUCGACGCCGAUCUACAUCAAAGUAGAUUCUCCUACUCAAUGGAUUAUAUCUUCAGUUGCUUCCGGUUCAACGAUGAUAAGAGCCCGUACUCUCUUCUUAGAGCGGAGCCUGUCUUGUCAAAAGCUCGAGAGCCUGUUAUUUACAGGAGGCCCAUCUUGCCUCUUCAAAUAAAUCGAGAUAUAGAACACCAAACUGAAAUCGAUGAACAUUCACCACCAUCUAUGGACAAGGUAAAUUCUUUAUCUGAGAUUCAUUUGGAUGAGAAAGAGGAGAGGGAGCUCAAGGCUGAGGCUGGGUUUCUUAAAGCUUGUGGCACUUUACCUGAAACUCCUGCCGAAAUUAGGAAGAUGUGUAGCAAGUUAAAAGACUCUUCUUCUUCUUCUUCUAAAGAUUCCGAGACUCCAAAUUUUCAUUCAUGGCUACCUAAUGUAAGCAUUCAAAACCUCAACUUGGAGGAGCAAGCUGAGCUUUGUCCUGACAUGACUCCCAUUCAAGCUAACAGUUGCAGGCUUAGUGAAGAAACUAUCACUUCACCAAUGGCCUUUUCUACAGCUUUUGUUUCAACUAAACAAUUGAAGAAUAAAUCUGUGCAUUUUGAAUGCAAAGCCAAUAACAAUGAGACUUCAUUUUCAUCAAUGCCUUUACCAUAUCCAACACCACUGAAACUGACUGAUGAGAUGCAAACACCUUGUACAGCGUUCCCAUCUGGAACUACUAUGGGAAACGACAAGUAUCAUCGUAUUAGGUCCGAGUAUGUUUAUCCAGUUCUGAAAACUGAUCAUAAUUUACCUCAGUUGAAGUCACUGAAAGAGGAAUCUCUUGAUCAAGAGAUAGAGACUAUGAAUUCAGUCAAUGAAGAGUUAAAUUCCCAAUCAUUGUCUGAUGAUCAACACAAAAACACUUGCAUUGAUGGAACUCCUGGCGAUAGACCCAUAAUGGGUACAGUGGCUACUCAUUGGAAUGUAGAAGAAGAAGAAGCUCGUUUUAAAUCUUUUGAUUUCAAAGGAAUUCCAAAUACAACUCACAAAUACAAGGAGGAUCAGAAGGUUAAAUGGCAUGCUACACCAUUUGAGGUUAGAUUGGAGAAGGCACUUUUAGAUGGAGCUUUCGUUUCUUCCAGAAAAUCUAAAAUGGAUACACCAACACCCAUAAUCAACUUUGAUGAAAUGUUGGAAGAAAGUAACACUCCAAUAUCAAAGCUGCUGCAAUCAUCUUCCUCAAUAACAAAAUCAUCAUGAGGCCUGGCCUGGCCGGAAACGAGUGUGUAACGGAACAGAGAGAUGUGGAAACAGAGAAGAAGGAGGAGACGGUGCGACGAGGUGGAAGCAACAUAGAUUGAGGAUUCAGAUUGAAAACUAUUGUUGUUAUUGAAACAUCAUGGUAGUAAAAACCCCAUUUUUACUAUGUUUCAUCAGGUUUUCUUCUCCACAUGCUCCGUUGCCCACUUCAUGCAUCGCUCAACCUUCUUCUCAUUUCUUCACUCUUUCUCCGGCGUCACACAGGCUUCCUCGCCGCCGAUCUGUUUAGUAGAGGAGCG